CCCUUCCAUCGUCCUCUCCUAUCUGUCUCUUCUACUUUACCAUGGUUUGCGUCCUGGGCAGCCUCGCUGCUGCUGCACCGAAGACCAAGAAGACGCUGAUCAUCUUUGGUGACUCUCUCAGCGAUAUCGGAUCGGGAUGGACGCGCAUGAACUACGACGCAAACUACCAGCCGGCGCCAUGGUUCAUGGGCCGGUACUCUAGCGGAUUCGCCAACUUUGCCUACGGUGGAGCCACCUCCAACAACACCUGGGUCAAUGGUACUGUGCCCAGCAUUGCCGACCAGCUCCACAUGUACGAGGUGCAGCGUGACGCUAAGCGCUUCCAGAAGCCCGAGGAGAACAUUGCUGCUAUUGAGAUUGGCGCCAACGACAUUUUCAACAGCGUAAAGAAGCUGGCUAUCGCUUCGGACAAGAAGGUCGAGGCCUUUGCGACCAACCUCACCAACAACGUCGUCGCUGCCAUGGACAAGCUGAAGGGCUUUGGUCUGACCAACUUCUUGGUGUUCAACGUGGCUCCGAUUGAGAUCACACCCAGGGUUGUCGAGCUACAUCUGUCCAAGAUGGUGAAGCCGGUCAUCACCACAAUCAAUGAGGCAUACAGCAAGGCCGUCACUGAGUACCGCCAGAAGAACAAGGGCAUCACCGUCACCCUUGUUGACACAUCGUAUCUUACCAAGACCAUCGCAGAGAACCUGCUCGAGGACCUCAACAUCAAGGCAAGACUAUAUAUUGCACAAACCCCUGAUGAGUACUUCUUUAUGGACAUGGUGCACCCGACCCGUGUCCCGCACCGCCUGAUCGGCUAUGUCGUCGCCAAGAUCAUCCAGAAUCCCUCGUACAACGCCACAGUUGACGAUAUGCGCUCAAUGAUCAAGGAGCACAACAUCCGCAAUGUGUACGAUGCCGUCAAUGUUGUCGAGUUCCAGGCCGAUGGAAAGUAUGUCAACAUUGAUACUCAGGUCGCGGCCCAGGCGACCCGUGCCCUCAGCUCUGAUGCGCUGACUGAGAAUGGCGCUGCCACCCCGUACUCGCUCGAUGGCGAUGCCUCCAAGAUCGACAACUCCGCCUACAUUAACAACUUGCUUGAGGGGGAACUUGACGGCAGCUUCGACAUCAGCAGCCUGAUGGACGUCUACGCCACCGCCAGCGCCACAGACAGCGACGACUCCGACGAUGAUACCUUGGACUCGAAAAAGAAGAGUCUCCAACAAGAAUAACGGUGCGGCCAGCAUGGCCAGUAUGUCGCUGAGCGCCCUUGGUAUCUUUGCUCUUGCUGCUCUCCUCUAAGUAUGUCUGCAGUAUUUUUGUUAUAUUGUAUUGCAAAGCAAAUAAUACGCAACAUUUGGUGACUAGAGU